AAAUAUGUGUUUCAACGUCCAGCUCACUUCCUGGGGGCUCGGUGUUGUAGUUUACGGAAAGACCGUGAACGCAGCACUGGGAUCAACUGAAACUCAAACAGCCGCACAGAAACAGAGAACAAACAACAAGUUAACAACAACAACAACAACAACAACAAUGGGACUUUAACGCUUUGACUGCGCUUCCUGUGGGCGCGUUUAUUAACCGAGUGGAUGGCGGGUAACAACUUUUAGUGACGUGUUUGUAGUGAGUGAGACAGGUUCGAGAGACAGACAGGUUUUAACAGUUUAACGGGUCAAUGUCGUCGGUAAACUGCGCCGAGGAGCUGGACUUCAGACUGAUGUUCGACGGGAGACAGGCGGCAGGUCAACAGCUCGAUGGCGCCUCCCCCCCUUCUUCUUCCUCCAAUCAGGCUCUGGAGCUUCAGACUCACCCUUUCCCUCCCGCCGACUACCAGUACCAACUGCAGGGCUCCCUGUACGACUCCCAGGGGCCCCAGUACGGCUCCCUGGGGAACACCAGGACCUUCGAGUGCCCGAGUAUCCAGAUCACUUCCAUCGCUCCCAACAGCCAUGUGGAUCCAGGAAGCGGACAGGAAGUGAUGGCGUGUUGCCGGGCGGAGGGCGGGAACCCCGAGGCAUCCUGGGGCCAGCUGUACCUUCCUCUGGUUCCCAGUUAUAGAGACCCUGCUCUGAGUGCCAGUCCCUGCAGCAGCCUGUCCUCUCGCAGCUGGAUGUCCGACCUGUCCUCCUGCGAGUCCUUCUCCCACGACGACGUGGAGGCGGAGCUUAGGGACGCCGCUCACCUGGCUCUCUGCUCCCCCGUUGGCUCACCUGGCUGCGGGGGCGGGGCCUUCGGAGUGGAGCUUUGGCAGCAGAAGUACCAACAUCCUGGUGCUUUCAGUCCAUCGCUGUCGCCUCACCAGUCGCCCCGACAGUCGCCUCAUCACUCCCCCCGGACCAGCGUCACCGAGGAGAGCUGGCUGACCCCCAGACCCACCUCCAGGCCGUCCUCCAGACCAACGUCCCCCUGUGGAAAGAGACGUCACUCCAGCGCUGGCCCCCACGCCCGCUCCCACUCCCCCCAUCACUCCCCCCAUCCCUCCCCCCAUCACUCCCCCCAUCACUCCCCCAGCCCGGGAGCCUCUCCGCGGGGCAGCGUCACCGACGACUCCUGGGUGGGGAGUCCCGCCGCCGCCUUCCUGCUGUCGGGCUACCAGGAGCUGGACGUCCCCUCCAAGACCCGGAGGACCACGGGGGGGCUGCUGGCCGGGCAGGGGGACCUGGAGGCCUUCCUGGACCCCCCCGGGGAGGAGGGGGCGGGGCAGGACGACCUCACUGACCUCUUCCUGCAGGUGCCCUCACACUUCAGCUGGAACAAACCCAAACCUGGGAACCCCCCUCUGUUCAGAGCCUCGUCGCCCCCCCCUCUGGACUGGCCCCUGCCCAGCCAGUUUGACCAGUAUGAGCUGAGGGUGGAGGUCCAGCCCCGAUCAUACCACCGCGCUCACUAUGAGACGGAGGGCAGCCGCGGGUCCAUCAAGGCAGCGACUGCAGGACAUCCACUCGUCAAACUGAUUGGAUACAGCGAGCAGCCGCUCAGCCUCCUGCUGUUCAUCGGCACUGCAGACGACCGCGUCCUCCGGCCUCACUCCUUCUACCAGGUGCACCGCGUGACGGGGAAGACGGUGACCACUUCCUGUCUGGAGAAGAUGACGGGCGGCUCCAAGACCCUGGAGAUCCCUCUUCUGCCCGGCAACAGCAUGGCCGCCAGCAUCGACUGUGCGGGCAUCUUGAAGCUGCGUAACGCCGACAUCGAGCUGAAGAAAGGCGAGAUGGCCAUCGGCAGGAAGAACACGAGGGUGCGUGUUGUGUUCAGGGUCGCCCUGCCACAGUCGGACGGACGCAUGCUGUGGCUUCAGACGACAUCCAACGCUGUGGAGUGCUCCCAGCGCUCGGGGCAGGAGGUUCCUCAGGUGGAGAGCUUCUCCCCCUCCUGCUGCUCCUCUGACGGAGGAGAGGAGCUUGUCAUCAGAGGAUCAAACAUCUGCUCCCAGUCCAGAGUGGUGUUCAUGGAGAAAGGCCCCGAUGGAAGAUCCCUUUGGGAAAUGGAUGCCAGAGUUCUGCCGGAAAAAAGCAGCGGUUGCGUUCUGGUGGUGGAGGUUCCUCGUCUGAACCGGAGAACCUCAGAACCGAUUCUGGUCCAGUUCUGCGUCUCCAACGGGAAAAGGAGGCGGAGCCUAACGCAGAACUUCACCUUCCUGCCCGCCGUCAAACAGGAGCCGGACCACAACUCCCACAAUGCACCUGGUCCCGCCUUCCACCAGCCGGAACCAGACAUGCAGUUUUACGAGUCAUGUGAACUCCCGGUGCAUUGUGGGCCGCCUCGCCUCCAUCACCCUCCUCACUCCUCCUCCCUACCUCCUCACUCCUCUUCCUUGCUUUCUAACUCUUCCCUACCUCCUAACACUUCUUCCUUUCUUCCUAACUCCUCCUCUAUACCUCCUAACUCGUCCGUACCUCCUCACUCCUCCUUAAUGUUUACUAACUCCUCCUUCCUUCCUCCUCACUCUUCGUCCUCGCUUCCUAACACCUCAUCCCUGCCUCCCACUUCCUCUUUACCUCCUUACACCUCUUCAGUGCCUCUUCACUCCUCUUCCUUGCUUCCUAACACCUCAUCCAUUACUCCUUACACCUCCUCAAUCCCUCAUCCCACUUCCUCCUUACCUCCUCACACCUCCUUAAUGUUUCCUCACUCCUCCUACAUCCCUCCUAACUCCUCCCCCCUACCUCCUCAAACCUCUUCCUUGCUUCCUCAGAUCACUUCCACUUCCCCUCACACCUCCUCCAUCCCCUCGAUGCCUCCUCACACAUCCUCCCUACCUCCUAGCACCUCUUCCUUGCUUUCUCAGAUCUCCUCCACUUGUCCUCAGUCCUUCGCCCUUCCUACCUCAUCCUCCUCCUCAAGUGGACUUCAGAGGAGACUCUCCCCCUCUCUGAGCUCCAGGAGAGUCUUGGUGACGUCUCCUCCCCCCCUGAAGGUGUCUCCUCCCUCCUCGAGCAUCAAGCAGGAGUUUGGGGAGCGUCCCGAGUCUCUGGGUCUGCAGGAGAUCACUCUGGACGACGUGAACGAGAUCAUCGACAGAGACAUCAGCGGACUUCAGUUCACUGAGCAGCAGCCGUACCGCAGAGACUGAAACUCACUGAGCCUCAAGUGCCUGAAACUCACUGAGCCUCAAGUGCCUGAAACUCACUGAGCCUCAAGUGCCUGAAACUCACCGAGCCUCAAGUGUCUGAAACUCACUGAGCCUCAAGUGUCUGAAACUCACUGAGCCUCAAGUGCCUGAAACUCACUGAGCCUCAAGUGCCUGAAAACCAGAGAAACACCGAGACGCCUCGAUGAAAACCAAAGAUCUUCUCACGACUGAAUCCUCAAAGAAAAAGGGCUGAAAUCCGACUUCCAGAUCAGCAGAAACACCAGAAACACCGGAGGCUGAAGACCGUCGUUAUUUAUUGGCCAGUUAAUUAUUAAGGAAUGUAUUUUUGAUACUCUGGAUCUGAUCCGGUUUUUAACAGAAAAGUCCUUCAGCUGAUUUAUUUGAUAUCGCUUUAACGGUUUACAUUUCCUCCCCGCUGUUCAACCUCGUGUCGUGGUGUGAAAAUGAAGACACUGAAUCAGAUAAAUGUGUAUCGUAAAGGUUGAAGUAAAAAUGAAAGAAAAUGUGA